AUGAUGGCUAGCGCAUAUCCUCAUCAUCCUGGUGGUAUCCAGCAGCCUGGCAUCCCACAUGGUCACCCCAUGGGUCCUGGGCCAGGACCGAAUCCUGGUCAGCCUAUGGGAGGACAGCCAAUGCAAAUGCAUCCGGGAGUCUCUGGUCCGAAUGGACCUCAUGUCUCUCAAGCUGGGCCGAUGAUGGGCAUGCAGCCAGGCAUGGGCGGUCCGGGUCCGAGUGCACACGCGCUCUCGCACCUUACUCCCCAAGCCCAUAUGUUCCAACAGCAGCAGCAACAAAUGUUCGCGCAAAACCCCGCCCUUGCCAUGCAGGCCCAACAGCGCCAGGCAAUGCUGCGUCAGCAGCAGCAGCACCAGCAGAUGAUGCAACAGCAGCAGCAACAACAACAGAAUGGAAUGAUGGGGUUCCCGCAUGGUGGAAACCAGGGAAUGACCCCUCAGCAAAUGGCUGCAAUGCAGGGCAACCCGCAGGGGCUCCAAGUCAACCUGCCGCCGCAUAUACGCGCACAACUUAGUCAAAACCAAAUGCAGCAACAGCAGCAUGCUGCGCAACAGCAGGCUCAGCAACAGGCUCAGCAGCAGCAGCUCAUGGCUCAGCACCACACGGCCAUGCAGCAUGCCGCUUCGCAACAGAGCAACCCUGGUCAAGGCGGGCCGCAGAAUCAGCAGCCGCCGCCAGGGCAGCCGGGGCAGAUGAGGCCUCAACCUCCGGGGAUGCCGCCUGGACAUGAAGCGCAUUCCUCUCCUGCACCGCCUAGCCAACAUCAUACACCGCAGCAGACCCAAUCACAGCCCCAUCCGCCACCGGCGCAGGCACCGACUCCUGUACAGCAGGGCCCGCCGCCACCAGGUCCGCCUCCUCCGCAACAGCCGCAACCGCAGCCGCCGCAACAACAACCACCCCAGCCACCACAGCCGCAGCAGCAGCAGCAACAACAACAACAGCAACAGCAGCAGCAGCAGCAGCAGCAGCAGCAGCAACCGCAACAGCAACAGCAACCGCCUCAAAAUUCGCAACAGGCAAUGCAGCAGCAGCAACAGCAACGCCAGCAAAUGGCUGCUCAGCAGCAGAUGAUGCAACAGCGGGCCCAGGCUCAAGCUCAGGCGGCUCAGGUUCAUGCUCAAGCGCAGAACAGGAUGUAUGGCAUUACUAUCCUCAAGCUGCUCAGUCUGGCAGACAAUCUCAGCCGUUUCUCCGCGGAUCGGCAGCAAAACGACAUUACUCAUUGGAAAUCGUUUGUCGCGCGUUUCUUCUCUGAAGAUGGUAUCUUCAAGCAGACGUUGCUAGAUUACGCACCUCAAGCCCAGAAGUCCAAGAACUUUGAAAUCUGCAACCCUGCAUUGCCUCGUUAUUACUUCACGCAAUUCCAAAGCGGUGUUCAGAACAUACAGCUCACCAUGGACGGCAUUACUGAGAAAGAGUUUGGAAACAACUGUCAUUACGUGGAAAGUAACCGGGCGAAGUUCAUCUACUGGUUCAAGAACGGGACUCAGCUGGUGCAAAAUGGAAAGCUCAGCGCGAUGUUUGAUCGCGAGGACAAGAUCAACCUUCUCAUCUUUGAGACGCACGAUCACCAGCAGUAUCUGCCGCGGAAUUCUUUGGAAGGCCUUUUCCAGCUGAGAUCGCCCCAGCAAAACAUGUCGCCCAAGAUGAGCAAGAAGAAUCCUCCCAACCAGAGGAAUCCACGCAUGCAAAAUGCCGAGCCUACAAUGCUUUUCUCGGAGCUUCCGGAAGCACCGGUGUCAACCUGGGGUGUCACAAACCCGGUGCUCCAGUUCCUCGAGGUUGGCGAGACACUUUCGAACAUGCAGGAACUGUUCGCUCACUACCACGCGAACCCGGGCCAUACUCCUUCUCAGGCUAUGAAUAGCCUGGUUGCCAACCUCAACAUCCAGCAGCAGAACCAGGGAGGCAUGGCCCCGGGUAAUCCAAUGCAGCCAAAUCAGCACCAACAGGGGCCACCACCACAGCAGCAAGGCGUACCGGGUCAGCCCCAGAUCAACCUCCCGCCCGGGGUGCCUACACCGAACAGUGCACCAGGAGCCAGGACACCACAGAACAUGGCCGUCGGAAAUCCCAACGUCCAACCGCACCCUCCCAACCCACAGUUCAUGUCUCCGCACAUAGCCAACCUUCAGCAGUUCCCUGGCGGCCUGAAUCCUGCGGUCAACGGGUCCCCGCACCUCGUCGGUCAGACUCAUACGCCCUCGCCGGCGCAAGCACACAUGCAAACGCCCAGCCUUGUGGCUCAGCACAGCCAGCAAGGCAACAACAGCGCAGGAGCGAGUGCCAACACUAGUCCUAAUGUGAGUAACAAGCGACGACGCAGCACAGUCAAGGGUGGUGUUGAUGCCGACGAUGGUCCUGACGGAGCACCAACGGCAAAGGUUAAGCCAAGCCCCAGAAUGCCGAACAACAACAAGCGAAUCAAAGGCAACCCUGGUUGA